AGUUUAAGCUCAGCGCUUCACAUCCAAGGACAGAAGACAUACAUACAGAUACAAUGGUGCUUCCAGCAAGUGUGCUCAUUGGCCUGCUGUGCUUCAGCCAUGCCGGCGGUGUGUGGGGUUUCGCCCGCCUGCUGGAUGACGUGGAGCUACGCUCAGCUUUUUCUGUUGCACGCACCAACAGCAUGGAAGGCGGGCCCAAGAUGACCGUGACCUUUGACACUGUUUAUGUCAACAUUGGUGGGGAUUUUGACCCCAAGGCUGGCUUGUUUCGCUGUCGUAUCACUGGGGCCUACUACUUCUCCUUCACAGUGGGAAAGUUCCCACACAAAGACCUGUCAGUGAUGCUGAUGAAGAACAGGAACGAGGUGCAGGCCAUCGUCUACGAGGAAAAUGCUGGAGAGGAGAGGAAGGUGCAGAGCCAGAGCGUCAUGCUGCAGCUGGAGUUCGGCGACACCGUCUGGCUCCGUCUCCAUGGUGACCCUCGCUACGCACUCUACAGUAACACUGGACACUACACCACCUUCAACGGUUACCUUGUCUACCCCGACACCUACGGCUUCCAGACACACCACCACCAACACCAUCCCGCCUUCAACUCCCAGCAGCCCCAGCAAGACAACACCCCACUGGUGAACAGCAACCAGGCCACAGAGAACAUCAAGACAAGAGACACAGCAGUUGUCGAAGAGAAAGAGCAGCAACAAAGGGAAGAAGAAGAGGAGGAGGACGAGGAUGAAGAGGAUGACCAGAGAUCUGCUUUCUCAGUUGGGCGCACCCAGAGCAUUGUGGGAGUCGACCAAGUGGGCAUGCCGCAGCACCAACCAGUCAGCUUUGACACGGCGUUCGUCAACAUCGGAGAAGACUUCAACGUGACGGAGGGAAUGUUCACUUGCCGAGUUCCCGGAGCUUACUACUUCUCCUUCAAUGUGGGCAAGCUGCCGCAGAAAACGCUCUCCGUCAAGCUGAUGAAGAACCACCUGGAGGUGCAGGCAAUGAUCUACGAUGACAGCCAGGGGGAGAAAGCUCUGCAGAGUCAAAGCUUGAUGCUGUCACUGAAACCGGGAGACACUGUCUGGCUCUACUCCCACCAGAGAGAUGGCUUCGGGGCCUACAGCAACCACGCCAAGUACAUCACCUUCACUGGUUUCCUGGUUUAUCCAGACAUCCCCAACGCCACCACCAGCAGCCAAUCAUAUGCAGACAAGAAACCCUAGCUGCAGCACAUGGGCUAGGGACUGAACAUUGUGGGGGGAAUUCAUGCCAAGUAGAAGAGUCUCCGAGUCCACCAGAAGAGUUCAGCGUGGAGAAUAUUUGUGGUUGUCUCUGAAGCUUCUUCUUCAUAUGAAUUCCUUCGCAAAGUCACAGGGACCUUGGACUAAGUGCGGCGCUUAAAUGAGAAUCUCUUCAUUUUCCAGUUAAUGGCUUCCUGGGAUAUGACUUCAUCACACUAAAAUGUGGAACCUUCAAUGACAGUAAUGUGAACUCUAAUUGAAUAUUUCACUCUAUAAUGAAAACACAGUCAUUACCUGCUCACCUCUGUGUCAGCCCAACUCUUGUUUAAGUUAGUAUGAACACCACAAGUUAGAUAUUGUAUCUCUAUGUGACUGGAAUUAACAGCAGCUCAAAGAACAAUCCUGUGUCAACAGUAUUAUAUAAUCAUAUGGUUAACAGUGGGAGCAAAUGUUGGAAGAAAGUUGGUGCAUCUCCCAUUAAGGUUAAAAACAAAAUGGAAGUUCCAUCUGAUUAUCACACUCAAACAAAAUGUUGAUGGAAUAUAUUUUUUACUGACUUCAUCCUUUCU